GUCCCCAUGAGGCCACCGCUGCUGCCGCUGCUGGUGCUGUGCGUGCCGCGGCUCCCGGGGACCCCGGCAGAGGGUGAGGGAUGCAACCGGACAGCACAGGCAUGGCUGGAGGGACAGGACACGCGUGGUGACAGAGGCACCCUCCUGAACGUCAGCGUGAGUGACCAUGGCCGGUCAGACUCCCUCCUUGUGUCCUGGGAUGAGCCAGAGGAAGGUGCCAAGGGAUAUUCGCUCGCCCUCUCCUCCCUGGGCUCAGGCAGGCCACUGCAGAAUGGGUCUGCUGGGCCCAACACCACCAGCUUCUGGUUCCACGGGCUGACCCCUGGCACACGCUACGAGAUCGAGGUGACAGCCACGCUGGCCUGCAUGGAGACUAUCAGCCAGACCAUCACAGCUCAGACAAGUCCGUCACCCGUCCGCAACCUGAGCCUCAGCAGUGGCGGGAGCUCGGCCUCGCUGAGGGCGGCCUGGGCGCACGGCCCGGGGCAGCGCGAGGGCUACGGCCUGGCCCUGUACCACAGCGACUCCCAGGCGCUGGUGAGGAACGUGUCCCUCCCGCCCAGCGCCUCCACCUUCCUGUUCGACGGGUUGCUGGCCGGCAGCGAGUACGCCUUGAAGGUCAGCACUCUGACUGGGUCCAGCCAGGCCAGCACCAGUGUCCACCAGUGGACAGCUCCCUCCAUCCCCACCCAGCUGAGGCUCAGCCCAGGCUCCAGCACCAGCCUCGUCGCCUCCUGGGCAGGGGCUGCGGGGGCUGCCUGGCUGCACCUUGAGCUCCGCAACCUCCUCACCCAGACAGUCACCACGACCCUGUCAGCCAGGAGGGGCCUCACCAGCUACACCUUCCAGCACCUCCACCCCGGCACCCAGUACUGGCUGGGGCUCAGCGCCACAGCCGGGCCCUACACUGUAGUGGGACCCAAUGCCACUGCCUGGACAUACCCCUUGAGCCCUGACAAUGUGACCCUGAGCAGUGCAGAGGAGCAGAGCUCCUUGCAGGCUCUCUGGAGCAUCCCAGUGGGACACAGGGACUUCUACCUGGUGACGCUGCGAGAGGGAGAGGAUGGUGUUGUGACGAGGAACAUCUCCGUCGGCGGGGACAAUGGUCACGUCACCUUCCAUGGGCUGAGCCCUGGGAAGCAGUACUCUGUCCAGGUGAUGGUGGUGGCAGGGCCAUACCAGGCAUCAGCCUUCAGCACAGCAGCUUGGACAGAGCCACUAGCACCAUCUGGCGUGAGCCUGUCCAGCCAGGGCAGCCCCCACAGCCUGCUGGCCAGCUGGGAGGAGGCGAUGGGGGAGGGCUAUCUGCUGGCCCUCAGCCCUGCCGAGCACCCCGUGAAGAACAGCUCGUUGCUCAGGGGCGUCACCAGCUUCACCUACGAGGGCCUCCACCCUGGCACCCUCUAUACCUUUGAGGUCAGCACCGUGGCUGGCCCCUACACAUCCUCACCCCAGUGCGUCUCCAACUGGACAUACCCUUUGCCCCCGGAGCAGCUGACCCUCAGCAAUGGGGGCCACAGCACCUCUCUACAAGCCUCCUGGAGAGCAGCUUCCUCUGGCAGCACUGGCUACACAGGGACCCUCCUGGAAACCAAGUCCCAGAAGCGGAUCAGGAAUGUGACUUUGGGGAAUGACUGGACGAAUGUGACCUUGGAGGACCUCGUCCCCGGGCGACAGUACACACUGGAGGUGGCUGCUGUGGCUGGACCUUACAGAUCCCCUGUGCAAUCAGCCACGGACUGGACAUACCCCCUGGCUCCAGCUGGCGUGACCCUGACCAACACCCGGCGCCCACUGGGGCUCUCAGCCUUCUGGGACAAGGCUGCUGGUGAUGUGGACCAGUUCUACCUCCAGCUCUACAGCAAGAGCCAUGCAGCACAGAGGAACAUCUCAGUGGGGCCAAACACCCACAACUUCACAUUCCUGGGGCUGUCCCCUGGCACUCAAUACUUCCUGAAGGUGACCGUCCUCAGUGGCCCAUACAGAUCCUCAUCACACUUUGCCACUGAGUGGACAUAUCCUCUGUCUCUGGCUAAUGUGAGCGUACAGCCUGGCCGGAGACCCCAGGAGCUGCACGUGAGCUGGGUGGAGUCUGGCGGUGGCAGAGACCACUUGGUACAGCUCUCGGUGGCCGAGUCCCUGUCUGUCAUCAGGAACGUGUCUGUGCCCCGUGGAGUCACCCAGCUCGACCUGGAGGGGCUGGUACCAGGGUCCCGGUACCGCGUGGAGAUCAUUUCUCAGGCUGGGCCUCACCACAUCUCCUCUCAGACUGCCAUUGGCUACACCGUCCCACUGCCUCCUCGUUCCCUAUCUGCCAGCCCUGUCAGCACUGCCUGGGCUCUGGCUGUGCACUGGGAGACUGCUCCUGGGCAGAGGGAUGGAUACCUGCUCAGUGUGCUCGAGGAGGGCUCUUCUGCACCACCAAGGAACCUGGAAGCAGGGAAGGACAGCACCAAUGUCACUGUGCCACAGCUGGAACCAGGAACAUGCUACCUUGUUGGCAUCUGGGCAGUGGCUGGACCCUACCGCUCCCUCCCCAGGAACAUCACCAGCUGCACAGUUCCUGCAGCCCCAACAAACCUGAGCCUUACAAACCCAGGCAGUUCCUCAGAGCUUUACACAUCCUGGAAUAAGCCCCCCGGCAGGAGGGACCACUACCGCAUUACCCUGUAUAGCCUCAGCACCCAGAGCAGGGUUCAGGUCCAGACCUUGAGUCCAGAUGCCCAGAACAUCACCUGGACUCACCUGGAGGCAGGCAGCAGGUUUGCUGUGCAGGUCACUGCUGUGAAAGGCUCGUUAGAAGCCUCUUCCAUCAACGUCACCCAAUGGACACAUCCCUUGGCCCCUGCCAACCUCACCCUGGGCAGCCCCUCAGCCUGGGUGCUGUUGGCCUCCUGGGCAGCAGCAGGGCGAGGGGCAGAAGGCUUCGUGGUGGAUGUCUAUGACACAGCCUCUGGCACUCACGUCGGGCACACGGUGCUGGGAGGCAAUGCCAGGAGUCACAUCUUCAGGAGCCUGAGCCCUGGCACCCUCUACAGCGUGGCAGUGAGGGCCACAGCUGGGCCCUUCCAUGCCAGUGCCCCCAACCUCACCCACUGCACACGUCCGCUGCCCCCGGCUGCCGUGCGCUGGCUGAGCACGGGACACCCCAACAGGCUGAGCGCGGCCUGGGGCGCCGCGGCCGGGGGGAGAGAGGGGUACACACUGACCCUGUUCCACGCAAGGCCGGGCACCGUGGCAGCCACAGCCUCGCUCAGCAGAGACACCCACGACUUCACCUUCACGGGACUGGCCCCAGGACACGAGUACUCCCUGGAAGCCAGUGCCACAGCUGGACUGUACCAGGCAGCAGCGCCCAAAAUCAGCGGCUGGACACGUCCAUUGCCCCCGGCUGCCGUGCGCCUGCUGAGCACGGGACACCCCGACGGGCUGAGCGCAGCCUGGGGCGCCGCGGCCGGGGGGAGAGAGGGGUACACACUGACCCUGUUCCACGCACGGCCGGGCACCGUGGCAGCCACAGCCUCGCUUGGGAGAGACACCCACAACUUCACCUUCACGGGACUGGCUCCAGGAAGCAAAUACGUGCUGGAGGUGGCGUCCAUGGCUGGGUCCUUCAGGACACCCGCAGGGAAUGUCAGCAACUGGACAUACCCCCUGGCACCCCGUAACGUGUACAUGACGAACCAGGGGUAUCCCAACAGGCUGAGCGCGUCCUGGCGAGCUGAACCCCAAGGACAAGACAGUUACAGGCUCCUCCUGUAUCAUUCAGGAUCAGGUGUUUUGGCAGCCAAUGUCUCUGUUGGGAAAGGCACCAGCAAGUUCACCUUCUCUGGCCUGGCUCCAGGACACAAAUACCUGCUGGAAGUGGUGUCUGUGGCAGGGCCCUACACAGCGUCCGCGGGGAACAUCAGUGACUGGACAACCCCCUCAGUUCCCAAAAAUCUCUCAGCGGUGGCUGAAGGGAACAACACGAUGCUUAUCUCCUGGGGCAGUGUCUCUGGACAGCAGGACGAGUGCCAGCUGUGGCUGCGGGACCCCCGGAACAGCUCUCUGCCCUGGCGGCACUCCCUGGGCAGAGGGCAAGUCCAACAGCUCCUCCAGGGGCUGAUCCCAGGCAGGAACUACUCUGUGUCCUUGAGCUGCGUGGCUGGGCCGUACUGGAGCAGCACCAAGUCCUUGGCAGUGCCAAUAGAGCCAAACCCCGUGGAGGAUGUGCAAUGCCUACCACAGUCAAGGAGCCUUUACUUGAACUGGACAAGCUCUCCUGGAGAUGUGGAGGCUUAUGAGGUGGUGACAGAGAGACUGUCUGAUGGACCUCCCACCUCCAAGUACAUCAUGAGCAUCCCUGUGAAUGAGGCCAGUUUGGAGGGGCUGGAGCCAAACUCCUCCUACCAAAUCAUUUUGAGUGCUGUGGGCAUGAACACACUGAGGAGCCAGGCUGUGACUCUGCUAUGCAGCACAGCAGUGGAGGCCUUGCCCCCACCCCUGCGUGCAGACGUCUUCCAGGUGGAGUCCAGCUCCACAGUUAUCAUUUCAUCCGACCUGUUCAGUGAGGAGAAUGGCCAGAUCGAGUAUUAUGGUGUCAUUGCUACCACUAAUGACUCAUGUAAGCCCACCCAGGAGAUCAUGUCCAGCACAUGGUAUGACCACUAUUAUGGGACAGAGGACUCCUACCUGGCAGUGCUCAUACCCAAUCCCUUCCACCAGAGGAGCUCCCUUGAGACCUGGCGAGUGCCAGUGGGAACAGAGGAGUGCGGCCAGUCCAGGGCAACGUGCAAUGGGAAGCUGAAAGCCGACAAACAGUACAGGUUCAGCAUUGCUGCCUUCACCAAAUAUGACCCAGUAGCCCCUGCAGUGGCAUUCACCAUGUUCUCAGCUGCUGGAUCUGGUGCAGAUACAACUCCACUCUCAAUGCCAAUAAUAGCUGGAAUCAUUGUGGGAUUUCUCCUAACACUUGCAGCUAUUUUUGCUUUGGUUUACUGGAAACAGCUCAGAGCAAAGAGAACCAAGAAGAGCAGCCUGCCCCAGGAAAUGGUGACCUACAGCUUGAGAAAUGUCCACCGGCCAGUUCCUCUACAGAACUUCAAGCAGUACUAUGAGAUGAAGACAGCAAGUGCUAACCACGCCUUUUUCCAGGAAUUUGAGGAGCUGAAGGAAGUUGGGAAGAGCAAUCGAAGGUGGAGGCUGAAACUACCAGCAAACAUCUCCAAGAACAGAUAUGCCCAUGUGCUGCCCUAUGAUCACUCGCGGGUCAAGCUGAGCCAGCUGGGGGAGGAUCCACACUCAGACUACAUCAAUGCCAACUUCAUGCCUGGCUACACAUCCCAGCAGGAGUUCAUUGCCACCCAGGGGCCCCUCAAGAAAACCAUAGAGGACUUCUGGAGGCUGGUGUGGGAGCAAAAUGUCUGCAACAUCAUCAUGCUGACAGUGUGCAUGGAGAACGGGCGGGUCCUCUGUGAUCAUUACUGGCCGUCAGAAUCCGCCCCGGUUUCCUAUGGGCAGGUGCAGGUCCACCUGCUGACACAGAGCAGCUCUGAGGAGUGGACCAUGCGUGAGUUCAAGCUGUGGCACGAGGGUCUCCGGGCAGAGCGAUACGUGUCCCACCUGCACUACACAGCCUGGCCCGACCACGGGAUCCCAGAGUCCACGACGUCCAUCAUGACCUUCCGAGAGCUGGUCCGGGAGCACAUCCAGAGCACUAGGGAUGCAGGGCCAACCCUCGUGCACUGCAGUGCUGGCGUGGGCCGCACUGGCACCUUCAUUGCCCUGGACCGGCUGCUGCAGCAGAUGAAGCAGGAGAAGGUGGUGGACAUUUUUGGUGUUGUUUACACCUUGCGGAUGAACCGGUACCAGAUGAUUCAGACGCUGUCCCAGUACAUUUUCCUGCACAGCUGUAUCCUGGACAAGAUCUUGGAGGAACCUCUCCUGGGUUUAUCAGGGACAGAGAGGUCCUGCCCCAUCCCACUGAAGAGCUUUGCCCAGCACUAUGCCCAGAAGGCAGCCAAGUCCCACCUGGGCUUCCUGAGGGAGUAUGAGACCCUCCUGGAAGUUGUCAAAGAAGAAGCCAGCUCUGCAUCACCACCUUCAGGCAGCCAGCAGACACAGCCCUCUUCCAGCAUCCUCCCAUAUGAUCGCUCCAGAGUGAAGUUUUCCCUGCUGGAACAGAGUCCUUCCUCAGGACUCCUGCAGGUGUGGCGUGUCCCGGGCUGCAACCCCAGCAGGGACUAUCUGGCUGUCCAGGGCCCUGACAAGCUGACCAUGGAGGAUUUCUGGACCCUGGUGUGGGAACAGGAUGUUCACACCAUCCUAACACUUCUCCUAUGGCAGGACAAGGGGGAGGUCCAAGGGGAGGCGUGCUGGCCCCUGGAAGGUGACUCACUCUGCACAAAGACACUGACCAUCCAGAGUGGCACAGAGAAGCUUGUCUCGGGAUGGAGAUGCACCCAGCUCAAACUGAAGCACGAGAAGAAAGCAAAGGAGAGGCAGGUACAGAUGUUCCUGUACACGCUCUGGAGCAGCAAGAAGCAGCCUGAUGUCCAGAGCCUGGUGGAGCUGCUCACGGCUGUCAGACGGUGCCUGCCCCACCGCAGGAGAACCAGUCCUCUCCUGCUGCACUGCAGUGGUGACAUGAGCCAGAUAGGGACACUGAUCUCCCUGGAUUGCCUGUUGCACCAGAUGAAAGCUGAGAGAAUCGUGGACAUCUAUGGCGUGACCCUCCAGCUGGCCCGAAGCUGCUGCCUCAUGACCCCUACUCUGGACCAGUACAUGUUCCUGUACUCCUGCAUCCAGGACAUCAUCACUCAGAACCAGCCCUAACACUGCUCGGCCCUUCCCGGCACGAUCCUGCCCUCCCCCUCUCUGGGGCCCUGGAUGGAGCUGGGGUGAGAGCCCUGUGGGACUCCUGGCACAGAGUGAGCCCUGCAGCGAGCAGUGACCUACCCUGGCACUGUCACCAACUCACCCCACGUGAUGUGAGCAGCGACACGGGGCCUUCUGGACAGACAGACAGUGCCACACACUGCCACGGCCCCUCGGUGCAGACACAGCAAGGGGCUGGGCAGGAUGCUCUCCUGCUUUGGACAUCUCCAGGAUUCCUGGUGCCUGGAAGGUUUGCUAACCCCCCUGCAGUUCACACGGCAGCUGUGGGGCUCUGUGGUGCCCCCGAGGUCCAACAGGAGCACGGAGCACUGUGGUCUCCAUGUGCCCACGGGCACCAGUGUGUCAGGGUCUCGAUGUGCUGUGGACAGAGCACUGUGGGACCCGGCUUGUCUUGGCUGAUGGAACGGUCUUAGGUACAAACAAUAAACAGCCCUAGGAAAGCGUGUGCUCCUAA